UGUACAAUUUUACCAUGAGGAGAAGUGACCGAUUUAUGCCCAUGACGGUGUUCCAGAUUUGGAUUAUUGUUUAAAUACAAAACACAUUUAGUUGCACAUGAUAGGACCAAGAAGCACCAGAGGUGGGAAUUCAACGCUCAAAUAUAUGACGUAGUAGGCUGUGAUUGGUUCCCACCGCGUCGCUGGAUGUUGGGCUGGCCCUUUAAAAACGAGCCUGUUCCCACACUGGGAGAGAGUUGAACCCUGAGUCCCUCCGCUGGUUGUUGCCCAGGAUAUCCCACCACAAACUGCAAACAUGGUUGAGCAAUUUAUUGGGACGUGGAAGAUAACUUCCAGCGAGAACUUUGAUGACUACAUGAAAGCAAUUGGUGUGGGCUUCGCGACCCGGCAGGUGGGGAAUCGGACCAAGCCCAAUUUGAUAGUGAGCGUGGACGAUGACGGGAUUGUGUGCCUGAAGUCUCAGAGCACCUUCAAAACCACCGAGAUCAAGUUCAAGCUCAACGAGCCGUUCGAUGAGACGACCGCAGACGACAGGAAGACCAGGACCGUGGUGAGUCUGGAGAACGGCACGCUGGUGCAGAAACAGAGCUGGGAUGGCAAAGAGACCAAUAUCGAGAGGGAGAUCACUGAUGGGAAAUUGAUAGCGAAAUGCAUAAUGGGAGACGUGAUUGCAGUGAGGACGUACAUAAAGGAGGCGUGAUGGGGUGCCUUCGGCCCACUCGACGGAUGCAUUGCCGGAUGACAGGCUCAGUUCAAUGAGCGUAGAACCAAACCAAAGCAAAGGCGUGUCCUUCUCUAUCUAUUCUUUACCUUCACUGUGUUGCCAAAAUCAAAUUUAUGUGCCCCUGUUCUCCAACAUGACACAUUUGGUUUCAUUUGGAAUUGUUGUGGUGAUUUGAAUAAAAAUGAAUGAAAAACA